AUUAUUAAUCUUUUCAAAUUCCGUGCUUCCUUUAGACGAAAAUGGAAAAUGCGACAAAAUGGCGAUGCCAAUACUACUUCUUCUCUUCUCCUUUCCCUUUUCAGCAGGCGACCGAUCGUAGUCUCGAAGCAUCAGCGAAAUUUUUUCCGGCUUCGUAUUCUCGGAGAACAGGACGACCGCCGGCGGGUUGGCUGAUUUUCUACUACCCGGUUUGGUUACCUAGAAAGAGAAGCCCUGAUUCAAUCAAUCGUCCUCUCUCAAGGAAAGAAGGAAAGCUCCAAAGUUAUUUACAGAUUGAAUUGCAGUUGAUGACAUUGUACAGCAGCUGGAACCCACUAGUCUGUGAAAUUGGUAUCGCUGCUCUUUGAAUCAGAAGUGCAGUACUUAUAAUGCCAGUGCCCAUUAGAAGUAUCAGAAAACCUAGUGAAAUGACGAAGCUUUUCAUGACAACUCUCCUUGGCAUCCUCUUUGGCUUCUUCUUGGGAAUAUCCUUGCCAACACUGUCCCUCUCAAAGUUGAAUCUUCCAACCGGUUUGCUUCCUUCCUUUGACAUCACUUACAUGGAGGACAAGUUCUCUGGUCUUUCGCCACAAGCACUGCUCAAUGCUUUGUCCUCUCUAAGGGGACAUAGUAUACAUUCCUUGUUAUUUCACCGAUACAAUGGAACCAAGAUAUGGGUCAAUGAAAAUCCUAGAGGUGCUGAGAGGUUACCUCCUGGUAUAGUAACUUCUGAGUCAGACUUGUUCCUUCGACGAUUGUGGGGUAUGCCUGAUGAGGACUUGGCAGUCCAGCCGAAGUAUCUUGUGACAUUCACAGUUGGGUAUGAACAGAGAAAGAAUGUCGAUGCAGCAGUUCAAAAGUUCUCUGAGAACUUCACCAUCCUAUUGUUUCACUAUGACGGCCGGGUAACCGAGUGGGAUGAAUUUGAAUGGUCAAAGCGAGCAAUCCACGUGAGUGCUCCCAAGCAAACGAAGUGGUGGUUUGCCAAACGGUUUCUUCACCCGGAUAUUGUUGCAGCAUAUGAUUAUAUUUUCAUGUGGGAUGAGGAUCUUGGGGUGGACCAUUUUGAUGGAGAGGAGUACAUUAGACUGGUGAGGAAAUAUGGGUUGGAUAUAUCUCAGCCUGCUUUAGAUCCUGAAAGAGGGACCACCUGGGCAAUGACGAAGAAAAGAUAUGACACUGAAGUUCACAAGCAUACUGAUGAGAAACCCGGUUGGUGCAAGGAACCAUAUUGGCCGCCAUGUGCAGCAUUUGUGGAGAUUAUGGCUCCUGUAUUUUCCCGAGAGGCAUGGCGAUGUGUUUGGCAUAUGAUUCAGAAUGACUUGGUUCAUGGAUGGGGUCUUGACUUUACCAUGAGGAAAUGUAUUGAGCCUGCUCAUGAGAAGAUCGGAGUGGUAGAUGCUCAAUGGAUAGUUCAUCUAGGCAUUCCAUCCCUCGGGAACCAGGGAACAUCAGAGAAAGGGAGAGCGCCAUGGGAAGGGGUGAGGAAGAGGUGUCAAACCGAAUGGAGGAUGUUUUAUGAACGCUUUGCACAAGCGCAGAAAGCCUAUUACUGGAUGCUGAGAUUUCGUCGAAGAAGUAAUAAUGUCACGAAUAGCUAGAAGGAUCUGGAAUGAUCAUUGAUUCCCACCCUUACUGUAAAUUCCACUUCCAGAGCUCCUACAAAAUGACCACAAUCAAUCAGAAGUAGCAUUUUAGGUUUUCUGUCUUUUUUAUUUUCAUUAAGUGUGUUAUUGAGGUGAACUUUACUCGAGCUGUAGCUCACAGGUGAUUCACCAUUUAGACUGCUCACAUCAUUUUUGGCCAAUCAUCUUGUACUUCUUGACACAGUUCUAAAAAAAGGCUUAAAAGUGCUUACGUCUGCAUCUUUUUCAUCGAGAAGAAUUAUGGAAUCGGU